CCGACGAAGAGCGAGGUGGUCGCUCGUUACAGUGCGUGGUUGAUGUCGACUGAGUUCGAUCUGUGUUCAAUUGGAUUGCAUCUCGAUUCCCGACACCAGAGGCAGCGCUGGACUGAGUCCAACGAAUAUCCGUGUACGAAGAAUUGGACGCACGCGACAAUGACCUCGACGCCCAUGCCAGAUGCUGUGCCGUCGUUCCAGAUAAUCUCUUCCCUCCGAUAUGAUCCCGACCUUCCAAAGGUGACCUGUCACCAUGCGAAUGAUCAGAGCUAUCCUGCUCCAGUUGACUCACCCUAUUACCUCCUCUCCUACCACCGAGACCGUUUGACCAACGCUGCGCGUCAUUUUAAAUGGGACAAUGCGCUCGAAUUUCUACGACUAGACCUAGCCAGUUUUGAGAGAUUCCUCGAUGAAUCAAUACCCGACAGAGAGAAGCCAUGGCGGUUGCGAAUAGCUGUGGAUUGCAAUGGCAAGGGCUCGGUCGAGGUCAAUCCAACUAUUACGAUUGACCCUUUGAACCUAUUAAUACCAUCCCUCCACGACGGUGUACAGUCCACCACGUGGAAGGUUUAUGUCGAUUCACAGUCUAUAACCCCAUCUGGCUUCACAACACACAAAACUACCGCCCGAGACGACUACGCAGCCGCUCGCGUGCGCGCGGGAAUCACCUCUCCAGCAGAGACCUCUGAGGUUUUAGUAGUCAACCCGGACGGAGAAAUUAUGGAAGGGAGCAUUACCACGCCCUACUUUCGACGGCGCAUCGUGGGCAAGGAGACCGACGCAAACGAGGCAGUUUGGGUCACUCCGCCAUUGAAAAGUGGUGGGAAUGCAGGCACAAGUAGGAGAUAUGCCUUAAGUCAAGGAUUUUGUGUGGAGCAAGUGAUCACCAAGGCAGACUUGGUAGAUGGCGAAGAGUGCUGGCUCAGUAAUGGAGUACGUGGAUUCAUACGUGGUGUUGUCGUCUUGAGUCGGUAAAUACCUCUUAGAAAGAUCUCAGCCACGCCACAAUACAUAAUGGAGGCGGUCAUGUGUUUCCUGUCCGGAGCAUGCAGCAAUUGCGUUCAAAUCUUAAGCAAUUUCUAAAAACAUUGGAAAAUAUGACUAACAUGAAUAAUCAUGGAAUCAGCUUAGGUAUGCAGGUUGAUUUUGAUUUUUGAGAUCUUAAUUUAGACAUUUCAGCCAUCGAUGGACUCUAUUUCUUCUCAGCAACCACCGGGUUGGGGUUACCCUUCCACUCCAAGGGACGUGGGCGCAUGUACUCGGCCACUAUCUCAUCGGUGACCUGAGCCCGGCGGUCUUGGAAUGCCUUCACGUAGGUCUGCAGCUCUGCAAUACAGAGCUGCUUCAAUUCACCGGUGAGCAUCUCACCCUUCUCAUAAGCGGUGCGGAUGCGCUCGAGCUCGUCAUCAUCCUCCAGGAAGAAGGUCAGGUACUGGAAGGGCACAUCGACCUUUGUGUUACCGCCCAGCUCGCGGUGAAGCUCCGUGGUCUCCUGGCCACCGGAGAAGGCAUACUUGUUGAUCUUGUUCUUGAUCUUAUUGGGGGUAUCGUUCAUGAAGAUAGCAGACGUUUCAAUACUGGCAGACAUCUUAGAGCCAGGGCCCUGGAGAGCGGGCAGGAAGAUAGCGUGGAUGAGCGAAGGCUUCUUAUACUUCAUCUUUUCGGCGUGUUCACGGCAUUGGCGGAAGUAAGGAUCCUGGUCAAUGGCGCAGGGAAUCAGGCAGGGGAUAGAAGAGACCUUCUUGCGAUCGGUACCGAAGAUCUGAGGGAAGCUAGUUGCGAAUGCAGUCGCGGACUGGGUAGCGCAGAAGUGGAACUCUCCGAUGUUGUUGCUGUCGGUGAAGCCAAAGGUGCCUCGCACUUGGUUGAUCGUAAUGCGCUUAGCCAUUCUGCAGAUAUUCUCAUAGAACGCGCCACCAACGAAGUCAAAGUCACUGAAGAUGAAGGUCUUCUUCAUGUCGAAUCCGACAGCAAUGAUGUCCUUCGCAUUGGCCUUUGUGAAGCGCUUGGCGUCCUCGAUCUCGAUCUUCUGGGAAUGCAUAUACUUCUCGUCGUCGGUCAUCAUAAUCACAAGGGGAACGUCGAACACAUCUUGCAGCCAC